AUGAACAUCAAUGUCCUUCGAAAUUGUAACAACAAUUAUUAUAUUAGCUCUUGCAAAAAUAGAUAUCUUUGGAUAAAAUAUAACGUUAAACAUGAAUAAAAAUGCUAGUUAUACAACAGCUUUUGGUGGAAUUUCAUCAAUUUUGAUUAUUAUAUUACUCAGUCUGAUUUUCUUCUCAAACAUUGUAGAAUUUUUUGGAAAAGACAAUGUAUUCUAUGAUAGUGAAAUAUCCUUCUCUAAUGAUCCUGAGUUAAUGGAAAUGAUGGAAGACAACUCUAUGUUUGCAUUAUCUAUUGAUUAAGUUAAUUUCACUACAAACCCAUAUUUCAAUAUUACUGUUGAAUAGAGGUAUUAAUAUUCGUUUAUUAUUUUUAGGAUUUACUUAAGAAAUGCAAAUGGUACUCUCAUUAAAUAAACCAUUGAAAUUCCUAUGCAACCAUGUACAUUAGAGAGGUUUAAUAAUAUAUUUCUAUAGCAAGGAUUAGACUUUACUGAUUAGUUUAAUUUUUUAGGAAUGAACAAAAUGUUAUGUCCUAAGUAUUUUUAAACUACUUAAACAUUAGAUCAAACUUUACUUUUUAGAUGGAAGGAACUUAUUCAAGUGAGAGUUUUAAAUUCAUAAAAUUAACAGUUAAAGAUUGCAAAACUUUAAAUCAAACUAACAAUAGUCUUUGGAAUCCAAUAUGUAGUUCUGCUGCAGAAAAGGCCAAAUAUCUUGCUUCAAAUGCCUAAUUUAAAUUAUAAAUCUUUUAAAUUAAUACGGUAGUCAAUCCUUUAAAACCUAAUAAUUAUAAAAGCAUAUACAUAGAUAGUGAUAUGUAUUUUUCAUUUGUACCUUUCAAAUUGGCUAGAUUAGCUAAUGUUUAUUAUAGAUAAUUUAUUGUAAAUAAUGACUAAAGCAUUAUGCCAUACGAGUAUAAUAUAUUUAUAGAUUAAUUGUUAGGGACAUAGAAUAAGAGAAAAUUAUUGUUAGAAAAGCAGAAGAUUUUCGAGAUCUUACAGAACUUGGUAGAGAUACAGAUGAUAAUUAUGCUAUUGUAUAUUUAAGGAGAAGUCCUUUUACUGAAACAAUUAAUAGAAAAUAUUAAAAGUUAGGUGAAUUACUUUCUUAUCUAGGGGGAUUUAUGUAGAUUAUGAAAGUUAUAUUUGGAUUUGUUAUUGCAUUUUAUAAUAGAACAUCAAUGUUAAUUGAAUUGGCAAAUAAGCUUUAUGAUUUUUAAGAUAAUAAUCAGAUGAAACAAUAUCACACUAUUAAAACAUUAAAAUACACAGAAUAAAUUGCAUCUCCUAUAGAAAAAUAAGAAUGUAAUCCCAUAAAUCCAUUGAAUACUUCAUAAGAAUUAUAUAAAGUUGAAUGGAAAUAGUAUAUAAAAUAAUUAGUUAAAAAAUCUAAAUCAAUAACUUUUAAUUUGAGAAUAUUUAUAAAUUAAUUGACUUUUGGCUAUCUAUUAAAAAAUAAAAAUUCAGAAUUUUUAGAAAAGGCUAUGUAAGUAAUUGAGUAUAUUUUAGGAAUAAAAUAAAUAGUGAAUUAGAUUUACAUAGUAUCCUUUAUCAAUUAUAGGAAAUUAACAAACUUAAAUAAAUUUUAUUAAGAAAAUCUUAAAUAAUAUUAUUUAAUUUUUCUCCAAAACCUGUUGUUACUUUAGGAAAAGAGUAGAUUGUUCCAUCUCGUUAUUCUGUUGAGGAUUUGGAGACUGGGUAAUCAUAUAUUAAGAGCAAAGAAGAUACUCUUAAUGAAGAAUUAUUUUUAAAAAUUGAAGAAGUAUGAUGUUUUUAACAAGUUUAGGCAUACAAGGAAAUAGCUGAAGAAGUUGAAUAAACAAACACAAAUAUUUGUUAAAUGAAUAUCAAUUUAAAGUUAACGUAACUUAUAGGAUCAGAUAUUAGAAGUAUUUUAAAACCUAUUUCUAAUUAACGUAGAAAUGGUAUAAAAUCUACUGAAAUAUAAAACAAUAAUAAUAAUUAAGAAGAUUUUCAUUAAAGCGAUUGA